AUGCAUAUACAGUCUAGUCGUGGAGGACGUNAGAACCCUCAUCAUGACCAGGCCAUGCAGCUCCUCUUGGAAGAAGACAUCGUUGGGAGAAAUUUGUUGUACGCAGCUUGCAUGGCUGGGCAGAGUGAUGUGAUCAGAGCUUUGGCAAAAUAUGGUGUGAAUCUGAAUGAAAAAACCGCCAGAGGUUACACACUCUUGCACUGCGCUGCAGCCUGGGGGCGUCUGGGAACGUUGAAGGCGCUGGUGGACUUGGACGUUGAUAUGGAAGCUCUGAACUUCCGGGAAGAACGUGCUCGAGAUGUCGCCGCUCGGUAUUCCCAGACCGCAUGUGUUGAAUUCCUGGACUGGGCAGGUAGUUUUGGAAAUACUGUCCUUGGUGCAUGCCGUAUAAAAAGUGAGUGGUUGGAAACCCAUUUGGAAGCUCCUAUUAACGAGCUUUUUGAGCAGAAGCAACAAUUGGAAGAUAUCGUGACUCCUAUCUUCACAAAAAUGGCUGCACUGCGUAAGUUUUGCACAAAAAGUGUUUUGAAUGUCAGAAAAGAUGAAAAUUAGGUUCAAUGUUGUUAUUUCUGAGAUACUCUGAUUUUAACAAUCUUCAUUAAGUAGCCAUUAACUUGGUUACAAGCACUAACCUGUUAUAUAACUCCCUAGUUUCGUUAAUAGUUUUAAUGUUAAGAACUUAAAAUAAUAACUGAAUUAUUUCUAUAGAGACUGUCCA